AUGGCGUUUCUUGCAAUUCUCUGGAUGCUUGUGCUAUAUGCCAGCCUUUUCAUUCUAGUCUUCGGGGUCUCAUGGGCGAUUUAUUACGAUCAGACCAGGAUACACAUCCCACCAGGAAUCAAACAUCCUGGUAAAGUACGGCUUUACCAUUCAAUUAUCCAGUUUUUAGGGUUUUGGGCACUCAUCUGUGAGAAGCUUGGCAUUUGCCACAGGUAUAAAGCCCUUGCCACUUUCUAUAAAGCAAUCCCAUUAAAGAAGAGCUCAGCGUUGAUUAUCAAGAACUUGCUUUUUGAAGACAUUCCGGUGAGAGUGUAUUGGCCCAAAGCGGCUUCUUCUGGAAACAGAAAAGGAGUGGUUGUCAUUUCUGGAGGCGCCGGUCUUUUUGGAAACAUUAAUAUGAGCGACUCUCACUGCUGCUACAUUGCUGAGACAACCGAUUCUGUAGUUGUGUGCAUUAGGUUUCGUUUGGCUCCAGAACAUCCGUUCCCAAUCCCAAUUAUGGAUUGCUGCACAGCUACUAUGCACUUUUUGAAAAAUGCAGAGGAAUACGGAGUGGACCCACAUCGCAUUGUUCUCUAUGGACAAAGUAGUGGAGGGUCAUUUGCUGUAGCCGUUUCUGAAUAUUUGGCAGGCAAGAAAGAUCUCCCAAAGCUAGGAGGCCAGGUCCUCAUCUAUCCGGCUUUGCAGGCUGUCGAUUUCAAUUUGCCUUCUUAUCAGCAAAACCAUUCGGUCCCUUUCCUGUUCAAGAAACAGGCCGUGAAGAUUGCUACCUUGCUUCUGACUCCGAAGGAGGUCAACUUGGAGGACAUCAUGAGGAAUGCUCACCUACCCGAACAUGUGUGGAUGAAAUACAGGAAAUGGGUCAAUCCCGAUGACAUUCCAGAAAGAUUUAAGGGCAGGGGUUACGUGCCCAUGGAGCGGCCUCCGUUUCGCCAAGAACUUUACGAAAUCGUGAAAGAAGCAACCAACCCCAUGUAUUCCCCACUUUUAGUAGAGGAUGACGUGAUCCGCCAGCUCCCUAAGACUUUCCUUUUAACCUGUGAAUACGAUAUUUUCCGAGAUGAUGGGCUCUUGUUCAAGAAACGGCUAGAGGACAAUGGUGUCCCACUGACGUGGUAUCACAUCAAGGACGGAUUCCAUGGAAUGUUGUUUGGCUAUGGUCACUGGAUAGUGGAAUACCCAGGAACGAAACUCCAUUGCCAGCAUAUAAAUAAUUUCAUUAACAGAAUAUAA